UUUUUAAAUUUUUUUGCCCUUUUGACAUUCCUGCUGACGAGUACCGGAAAAGACAAUGUCGAACGAAGCCCCAGAAAAACCACCGUGCAACACCCCGGAGCAUGACUCAGCCAGUACUGCCGUCGACGGCGACGGUGUAAACGACAACAACGACACUUCAAAUUCUGCCUUAGCGAAGGGCCUUUCCACCAUAAUAUCUUCUAUAAUCCGGGAAUUUGAUGACAGCGCUGCCGCCACCUCUCGUAGUCAAGAUCAGCUCUCUUCCACUCUCGAUCGUCUCACUGGAGAGCUUGACAAGCUGCUGGAAGAUGCCCCAUUGCCCUUUAUCAUGCAGCAUGCUGCCAGAAUUUCUGGUGUUAGGAAAAGAAUUAAAUCAUUGAACUCACUUUUGAAGUCUAUACAGAGGCGUCUUGAUAGUAUCGACCACACACUAUCUGCUGGUUUGAGACAUGAGCAGUCCACAGGGGAUGGUGGGCGAGACCAUGAGAACCAUAAGUCUUCAUUGAAGAGUUCAUGAUCAAAAUCCAGAGAAGAUUCAAAUGUCCUUCGCAGUGCCUGUAGACGCUCCUUCUGAUUGUGCAAGCAUUUGUAACUGAUUCAGCCUGGUGGUGUAAAAGGUAGUCUGAUGCAUGAAGUUACAACACUCUGGCAUUCUGAAAAGAUGUUCUUUUACCUAUCAAAAUUGCUCGUUUUCAGCUUGUG